AUGGGACGACGAACGCGCGAAGAGAGUGAAACAGGGCACGACGAUGACAAUGGAAGCUGGAGAACAUUAUUGCAGAACUUACACUUCUUGCUGGACAACGAGACGGAGGGAGAGGCACUCACGUGGUGUGGCAAUGGUAAACAAUUUCUCAUUCAACGGACACGAGAAGUUCGACUCGCGAAACAACUGGGACUCCGAGUCUGUUCGCUUCAUCAGGUGCUCGAGACGCUCAAUUUUGAGUGUCAGGAAGCAGAUCACUGGAACUUUACAAUUUAUCGUCACGAUUGCUUUGUUCUCGGAAGACCGGAAAAGAUUGAGCAAAUACCAAGUCAUAACAUGCCUCUAUUCAGCACGGACAAAGACGUUGUAAUGCCAAGUGUCGCCUACAGCUCGGCAUUGAAGCCACUGGAGGUAAGACUGAGUCUCUCUGACAUACGCUCACAGUCGUGGGAGGUCACUAUUGCACCCAGUGUGUUGCCCCAUCCAACGUUUGAUGCCACAGACGUUUCCUGUUAUCACGAGAGUAGCAGCACUGAAAAUUCAUGGGGCGACAUGUUCGACGAGUCAGACCAGGGAAGCGACCACGACAUGAAUUCGCCAUUGUGGUGGUCACAACGAAGCGACUUUUCCAGUAUUUGCACGGACGAUCUGUCAGACAUGGACACGCUUUCUCAAAUUAGCACGUAUUACACGUAG